AUGGCGCAAAAGCGAACGGCGCGGGGACGCGCAACGCAGGCGAGGGGUGGUUUGGCGGCAACGCCCGCCGUGGCCGAGACUGGGGGCGCUGCGGGGCCAGUCGAUGAUCCAACCAUGUACGACGUGGACCAGGAGCACGUCCGCGAGGUCGUGGCGUAUCUGUCGCAAACACGUCCCGAUGUCGCAGCGCCUGGGCGCGUAGUGGAGGAGGUGCUUCGGUGCAUCAAGUGCUACGCGGACGCCAAGCACCCGGAGAUGUACAGCAUGCCGGCGGUGCUGGACGAGGCGUGGCACGCGUUCAUCCUCAACACGCGCGACUACCGCGCGUACUGCGAGAAGCACUUUGGGCGCGUCAUCGAGCACAGCACGGCGACGUCGCGCGACACGGAGGCGGAGAAGGAGGUGCGGCGGGGGAACCUGAGGGGGGCGUACGCGGGGACGCACGGGCGCGCGCCGCCGGAGGACGUGUGGGGCGGCACGGCACGACGCGAGGCACAGUGCAGGAGCGACGCGGCAGAGCUGCCCGAGGGGAAGCGGAGGCGCACGGACGCAGGGGAGCAGGACGGGGCGAUGACGGUGGUCGUCUGCAUGGGGUUGAUCCUCAACGGCUUGCGGCCAAUCAAUGAGUUCGUCCCUGUUCCCAAAAAGUGGACGUUCCCGGUGCGGGUGACGGCGAAGACCACCGUCGAUGAGUUGAAGGAGCUCAUUUGCGGAGAGUGCGGCAUCAGUCGCACAUUCAAUCGUGCAAACGUCAGACUGUCUUCCGAUUGUGUCAGGUUAGAUGAGCGUCUUAGGUUGGAAGAAUAUGCCAUCGAGGACAACGACGUGAUUGACGUUUCGCACCCUCUAAUUGGGUGCUGA